GGCCGGCGGCGGAGCGCCAAGGGGAGAAGGCCGCGGUGAGUAGAGGGAGUGUGCGAGCAUCCUGGAGACAAAGCAAAGCGCAUCCAGAUCCACAUGUGCGUGCGUCCAUUUUCCUCACGAGCAAUCAAGAACAUGGUGGUCAGAUUUGGGGAAGAACACUUCGUCCUAUGCGCGUCCGAUCCGAGAAGCCAUUCAAGAAGCCCCACCAUCUUUCUCAGCUGAGGCCAUCAUUGCUCUCUGUAUGCUCUCUGUACUUGGGUACCUCUGCUCACAAGAUGAACAGCGCUCAAGCCACAGGUGAAGGGAAAAAUUGCUUGCUUCCGUUACUUGCUCCCACAUAUACUGGCAUUGUUUCCUUCCACGCUCCUCACAAGCAAACAAACACAUUUUUGCUCACACCAUUGUUCUCCUCUCCAUCUUGCGAGGCGCUGCAAUGGCGGCGACGGUGGUGGUCAAGCAUCAGCAACCACUGCGGGCGUACAGCCAGUGGCGGCAGAAGGAUCAUGAUAUCUUUGAUCCGGAGAAAAUCACCAGCCGAUCGAGAGCAAAAGAUAGGAAGAAGCUUGUUGAUAUACUGGUUGGUCAAGCUAACAAUGCAGAUCUCACAGUUGUUCCCAUCGUUGGAAUGGGUGGUCUGGGAAAGACCACGUUAGCUCAACUUGUCUACAAUGACACUGAAAUUCAGAAGCAUUUCAAUUUGCUGCUAUGGGUGUGUGUCUCUGACAACUUUGAUGUGGAUUCUCUGGCUAAAAGUAUAGUUGAAGCAGCUCUCGAGAAAAAUGGAAAUUAUCGAGACAAUGUCGUUCAGUUGUUUGAAGAAGGGAGAGGAAAGGCCAGCCGUUUUGAUGAAUAUGGUUGAUGAGAUUGUGGAGCGAUGUGCUGGCUCUCCUUUAGCUGCAAUGGCUCUGGGCUCUGUACUGCGUAACAAGACCAAUGAAGAAGAAUGGAAAGAUGUAUCAAGCAGAAGCAACAUUUGCACCGUGGAGUCUGGAAUCUUACCGAUACUCAAGCUCAGUUACAAUGACUUGCCGCCACAAAUGAAGCAAUGCUUUGCUUUUUGUGCCAUAUUUCCCAAAGAUUACGAGAUUAAUGUGGACAAGCUGAUCCAACUAUGGAUUGCACAUGGCUUUAUUAUCCAAGAAAAGCAAGUUCAUCUUGAAAACAUUGGCAAACAGAUUUUCAAUGAACUAGUCUCAAGGUCAUUCUUUCAGGAUGUGAAACAAGUCGAGACCACAAUCGGUGAAAUUGAACAGGACGGGGCGUGUUAUGUCAGUACUACAUGUAAAAUCCAUGAUCUUAUGCAUGAUGUUGCACUGUCUGUAAUGGAGAAGGAAUGUGCCUUGGCAACUGAGGACCCAGGCAAGAUUAGAUAUGUUGUCUUAACUGAGGAACCAAGUCAGAGUGAGUGGCUUCCAGACACGGCUCGACAUUUAUUUUUGUCAUGCAGGGAACCAGGAAGAAAAUUUAUUUUUGUCAUGCAGGGAACCAGGAAGAAAAUUGAAUAGUUCUCUCAAGAACAGUUCUCCAGCCAUCCAAACACUUCUGUGUGAUAGCUUUAUGAGCAGAUCAUUGCAUCAUUUGGCAAAAUACAGCUCCUUGCAAGCGUUACAGCUCCGUUUAUUGGGAUCAUUUCCGCUGAAACCAAAACAUCUGCAUCACCUGAGGUACCUAGAUCUCUCAAGAAGUUUAAUAAAAACACUUCCUGAAGAUAUGAGCAUUCUAUACAACCUGCAAACGUUGAACCUCUCUGGCUGUGUAUCUCUUUGUGAACUUCCAAGACAAAUGAAGUAUAUGGCUGCCCUCCGCCACCUUUACACUCAUGGUUGUCCAGAGCUGAAAGGCAUGCCUAGAGACAGUGGCGGAGCUUGAGAAUAAUUCAAGAGGGGGCCAUUAGUCAAAAGGAACCAAGUUAAUAGGGAAGGAGGGGCUAAUUUGUAGUUUAAACACUAAUUAGGCUCAUGAUGUAGCUUGUUCUACAAUGGAUGCAACAAUUAAGGGGGGGCCAUGGCCCCUGUUGGUCUCCACUAAGCUCCGCCACUGCCUAGA